AUGCCAUCCCAGCCGACCCUCGUCUUUCCACCACCCCUGCCAGAUCUACAUCUCGACACGAGCUCCUCGCUAGCCCUGCUAGCCACCGUCGUGAUCAUCUCCGCCGCCGUCGCCUAUGUCGCGUUCAGCUACAACGACCACAAGCACAAGAAGCGGAGGACCAAGGUCAAUGACGAUGGCGAAGACCAGCCUGUGAUGCGGCGGUAUGGGACUGCUGGACCGUCGGGAGUGUCGGAUACGUCGGAUGAUGAUUUGGACGAUUCGGACUCGGAUGAUUGA